GGUGUGACGGGCGGUGCCGCCCGCCUGCUCGCCUUCCUGGGCCGCGGCGGGGCCGCUGCCGCCCUCCCCCGGUGUCGCGGCGGGCGGGAGGAUGGAGCAGGGGCUGUCCGCCAUCACCCUCUACUGCGCGCCCGCCGCCGGAGCCGCGGCUGCCGCCUGCGCCAUGGAGCCGGAGCAGCAACUUGCAACUGGAGAUAGAGGCUUUGAGAAUGUGGAGCUGGGUGUCAUAGGAAAAAAGAAGAAAAUUCCAAGGAGGGUGAUUCAUUUUGCAAGUGGAGAAACAAUGGAAGAAUAUAGCACAGAUGAAGAGGAAGAUGAACAAGAGAAAAAAGACCUGUUACCUCCUGUAGAUCCUACAACACUCACAUGGGGACCCUACUUGUGGUUUCACAUGCUGCGAGUUGCCACAUCAACCUUAUCAGUGUGUGAUUUCCUUGGGGAAAAGAUUGCAUCUGUUCUGGGCAUAAGCACACCAAAAUACCAGUAUGCCAUUGAUGAGUAUUACAGAAUGAAGAGAGAGGAAGAAGAGGAGGAACAGGAAAACAAAAUGUCAGAAGAAGCAGAAAGGCAGCAUCAGGAACAGCAGAACAAACCACAAGCAGAAACUCCAGUCCAGACAGACCAGCCUGAAGCAACAGCAUGCACUUCAUUUGUGAAUGUAAACUUUGAAAAUGAGGGAAAUUGCCAAUCCAUUGGGGAAAAUAAACAAGAUGUAGUUCCUGUCCCUCCUUAAGUGUAAAGCUCUGUGUAAUGUAGGAAUUAGGGAGUGUCAGGUGUCACAAUCUGGCUAGAAGAAGCAGAAUAAAUAGGAUUAAAUUUUUCCAGUGAAAUAAAGCUUCUGGCAUUCUUAUUGAUCAGGAGAGAGCUGGGUGAUGUCUGUUCAGUCUGCCUGCCUAAUAAAGGCUGAGGCAUUCUGACAAAUGGGCACUACAGUUAAAUGAAAAUUGCACUACAAAUAUUUGUCCUAAAAUAGAACCUGUGAGCAGAUUUACUGUGUAAAGCAAGUAAAAAAUGUCUUUUCUUCCAACUGCUAUUUCUCUUAACACCUGUGGAUUGCAGAUGCAGUGCUGUUUCCUAUUUCUAAACAACUAUUUCUGAUUUGUGUCUUGUUUGCAACUCAGCUCUCUGUGAAUAGAUUAAUAGGAAUCAAUAUCCUGUAACUCUCAAGUCAUUCUAAUAGUCUCUUUUUCCCCUAUUUAUUGUCACUGUGUAUGCAUGUAUUUUUUUCUGUUGUUUAACAUGAGGUAAUGUCAGAUUUAAUGUUAAUUAGAUUGAAGGGUCUACUGACUUUUUUCUUAGAAAAAAACAACCCCAAAGGAGGCUGUGAACACCCUUAACAACAAGUACCAGCAGUCUUGGAGGUGAAUAGUGCUCAGCUGCUCCAUUCAGUGCCACAGCAAAGCACAGAACUAGCAGCAGUGUAUGAUGUUCUCACUCCAAGUCCAAGAAUUAAGACACCCACCUGCUUGAAUACUUUGUAUCCUCUGAAUGGUCCCUGAGAGUCUCACUAAAUUAUCCUGAAUGCACUGGACACUGUGUAUGGUAUCAAUCUAGAACUAUGAAAACUUUUUUGGGCAUAGAUUACCUGUGUUGAUCACUUGAUUAACCUAAACAGACUAUUUGUUUCAUGUUAAAGUAUCAGUAAGGAGUGUGCCAUCACAGAUGUUCUUGUCCCUCUCUAGCACAGAGUACAUAAAUAACUAGAAAUCAUGAACCCAACAUUGUUGAUACUUCCUUCUUCUGAAAUAAACAAAAUACUUUGUCACAAUACUGCAACAACAGUAGUUUUUUAUUUUUGUGAAAGUGAGAUGGAGGUAGCUCCAGAGCUUUUUAAGUGGCUCUGAAUAUCAAUACAGGCUAUUUUAUGACAGUGACUGCUGUUCUGCCUGUAGUUUUGAACAGUUGACUUUGCAACAAUCAGGUGUCAGUGCCCCAGCCACUUUCCAUAGAGAUUUAUUGUAGACAGAGAACCUGCACUAGCUACAAUGUGAAACACUCCCUUAUUUGAGAUUAAAAAAAAAAAUAAUAAUGUAAAAAUGGUCUUCAGUGAAAUUUUGUGUCAGUUGGCAUCAUGUCAACCCUGGCCUUGGUCCCACUACCAACUAGCAAAGGAGCCUAAUGUAAUAUCAGAGACCAAGCAACUUGGCUAUUGGUUUCCAGUUAGGUAUUUCAGAUAACCUUUUGUCUGAAGUAGUGUCCUGUAGAGCACAAAUCCCUUUUUCUGUUAUCUGCCAUGAGCAUUCCAGCACUUAAUCAUCACAGUUAAUCAUCAGCUCUAUUCUACCUGCUUUGAUACUCUGUUCUUUGCCUGUUUUUGAAUUGUAAGACAGAGGGUGAUGACAGCUGUGUAAAAACAUUCCUUAGCUCUGAGCGUCUGCAAGGCAGAGUUCAACACUGGGGGAACACACAGAAAAACAGCUUGUUGGGAGUUCCUGCAAUGUUAAAAGAUUGAAAGCCUCACAAAGCUCAAGAGUAGAACCUUUAGAGCUGAAGGUUGCUUUGUUUUUCUGCCAAGAAAUUAAUGUCAGUUACAUUGCUUUUCUUUGCUCCUCUCCCUGUUACGUGUUGCAUCGGGAAUUCUCUCACUGCCUUGGGUUUGAACUUCUUUGUAUAAAAUACUGUAUUACUCACUGUGCCUUAACUUAAUCCUUCCUUCAGUUUUUUGCAAACUGUAUGAAAGUGAUUACUUUCAUAAUGGUUUAAGUUUUCUGUAAAUGCAUUAACUAGUUAUUUUAUAUUUAAUAUAAUUUUUGAAUUGGAA